AUGGGGUUGUUUGGGAGCAAAAAUCAGCUGACGUCCAAUGAGAAAUACACUUCUGAGACCAACACAAAACACAGGAAUAAAAUCCCUCCGUUCGCACUUAAGGGCAGACAAGAUAUCAACAGCUCUCAUCUAAACCAAGCCCCUAUACAAGGUGACUUCACCGUGGUUGCACUGUAUGACUUUGCUUCCUCAAGUGACCGUGACCUGGAGCUGAUCAAGGGGGACAGACUCCAAGUCCUCUCUAAUGAGGGAGACUGGUGGCUGGCAAAAUCCCUCAGCAGCGGAAAGAAAGGCUACAUCCCCAGUAACUUCGUUGCACAGGCAGACAGCUUGGAAGAGGAAAAGUGGUAUUUUAAAACUCUGAGCAGAAAAGACGCUGAACGGCUGCUUUUGGCUCCUGGCAACCAAGUCGGCUCUUUUCUUGUUAGAGAGAGCGAAACCAACAAAGGUGCCUAUUCUUUGUCAGUGAAAGACCGUGACACUUCUCAUGGGGACAUCAUCAAACACUACAGGAUACGCACCUUAGAUGGUGGCGGGUAUUACAUCUCCCCCAGGACUGCUUUUUCCAGCCUGCCACGGCUAAUCCAUCAUUACUGCCAGAAGGGUGAUGGCUUGUGUCAUAGACUCACGGCUCCCUGCAUAUCUCUGGUUCCCCAGAGACCCUGGGCACAGGACGAAUGGGAGAUCCCACGGGAGUCUCUGAAACUUGUGAAGAAACUUGGCUGCGGGCAGUUUGGAGAAGUGUGGAUGGGCUACUACAAGAACAACAUCAAGGUGGCUGUGAAGACCAUGAAGGAGGGCAGCACAGAUCCUGAAGCCUUCUUGGCAGAGGCAAACUUGAUGAAAAGGCUCCGGCAUAACAAACUUGUCCGGCUCUAUGCGGUAGUCACCAAGCAGCCAAUCUACAUUGUCACGGAGUACAUGGUCAAUGGAUGUUUGCUGGAUUACUUGAAGACAGACGAAGGAAGUCAACUCAGUCUCCCGAAACUUAUUGAUAUGUCUGCUCAGGUGGCAGAAGGAAUGGCAUACAUCGAGCGGAUGAACUUCAUCCACCGCGACCUGAGAGCCGCCAACAUCCUCGUCUCGGAGACGCUCUGCUGCAAAAUUGCUGAUUUUGGCCUGGCCCGGAUCAUCGAGAAUGAAUACUUGGCUCAAGAAG